AUCACAUUUUACCAGUGAUUAAUCAGAGUCUCAAGUUUGAUGUCUAUUAAUUAGUUAUUCAAUUGAUAGGCCUAAAUGAAAUCAGUGGGUUGUUAAAGUUAAGCAAGUUCAAAAUUUUGAAAAAGUUGAGUUUAAUAAGCUAUAGGCUUUUCCAUCAUCCAGUCCUUAAUGGCCAUAUUAAAAAAACUACUAAACUUCUAGAAAUAGCUGACAGACAAGGCAUAUUUAAAAGAUCAUUAGGCCUUUAUUUAAAUUAUCAUGAGUAAGGCUGACAAAAAACAACCCUCAAAGAAAAUGAAGCAAGAUUUAGUGGUGGAGUUAAACAAUGUUUUGAUGGUGCGUGCUGAACAAAUUAGGCAGCGUCUUCAUAAAGAAAAUCAGACAGCUGGUGAAGGUGAUAAUGAAGCAGCUGACUUAGUCGAAAGUGAAAUACAUUCAUAUGAGAAGUCCAGCUUACCAGAGACAACUGCAGAUCAAGUUAUGGUUAUGAAUACAAGCAGCUCAGCAAUAAAAGAAAGCAAUAAUACUUCUAAUCUGAAUGCCAGUCCUAGUCAUAUCCCAGUGUCUAAAGCUCGUCAAAGAAGAAGGCAGAAAGUUGUAACAACCGUUGCAGUAAGCAAAAAAUAUUCAGAGAGUACAGGUUUGACUAAGCAUACCAGUGUGGAUCACUCAAAACAUUUACAUGGGGGGAGCAAUGUGAAUAUAAAAAACUAUCGUCCAGGCUAUAAUUGGAAUAUGGGAGGUCGUGUUAAAGAGCUACGUAUCAGAUAUAUAGCAAGAAAGUACCUAUUCAUUUGGCAAAAAAAUGUCUUUGGUCGUGUUCCACUUGCAGUAGCCAAGCAGCAUUAUGAAAAGAACUUGCUGCAUAAGGCAUUUGUUGAAUGGCAUGAUUUUUGGUGGGAGAUCGCAAAGGAAUGGAGGCUGGAUGUUAGAGCUGAAUGUCAUCACAGAUACAAACUUGGAGUGCAUGUCUUCACUAGAUGGAUUCAGUAUGUUAUAUCAAGAAAGGAGAAGAAGGCUAAACUGAUGUCUGCUAGCAGACAGUAUAAUAAUCAUGUGCUCUGCAAAUGCUGGAAGGGAUGGAAAGAUUAUAUCAAAUUCAGGCAGAAAAAAAAGUUGUUAGCAAAAAAGGCAGAUGAGUUUCAAAACUCUGUGGUUACUAGACAUUUUUGGAAAGUUUGGAAAGGAAGAAAACAAAAUUUGAUCGUCCAACAUGAAAAUUUGACCUUGGCAUUACAGUUUUGGGCCUACAGAAUACAAGCACAACAUUGGUUGCUAUGGAAAUCUGCCCUAGAGUUGAAACAUAGAGAGAAGCAGAGAUACAUUGAUGCUGCUGUUUAUCACAACAGUGUUGUAGUCUCCAAAUGUCUGAAGGCCUGGACUUUGUACAUAGCAAACAAAAGGACCAAGAGAAAACAUGCAGAGUUUGCCACCCGUGUUUACUCAGCCAAUCUGAAAGUUCGGUGUUUCAACCACUGGUUUCAGUCCUGGCACAUGCUGAGGUCUUUACAACAACAUAAACUCAAAAUAGAAUCACAUUCAAAAAGUUUUAGAUAUCGUUGGGUAUUUUGGAGAUGGAGGCAAUAUGUUACUUUAAAUAAAAACAUGAAAGAAACAGACAUCUUGGCUGUUAGACAUUGGCAUUUACAGUUAAUGAGGGUUGGUUUUGAUGCUUUUCGUCUGAAUGUGGUACAUGCAAACAUAAAGGUUAUGAGAGGUCAACUGGUAACACAGCUGAGAACUAAACAACUUCAACGUUCAGCUUGGAACAAAUGGAAAUCUGCAUGUGAGAAGAGAGAGGAACUAAAGAUGGCUCCACAGACAAAACUUGCACGAGACCAUAGAAAUUCCAGGUUAUUGCAGAAAUGUUUUUCAGCAUUAGUUAAUUACACCACAUGGAAACAACACCAAAAGCAACAGUUUGCUAAAGCUGAUGCACAUUUCUAUCUACAAAUUAUGCCGAAAUGUUUAUAUCACAUGCGAGCUUAUGUUGAUCUGGAGAAAACUUGCAGAGAAAAUGCUGUUAAAGCCAAGGAAUACAGAAGGUUGAGUGUACAACAAUAUGUGUUCCAAAUCUGGUAUAAUGCAGCCAAUCAGAGCAGGGAUGAAAGGAUGAUGUGCAGAAUGGCAUUGUUACACAGAGAGUCAGUACUUCUUCACUCCUUCUUUGCCUUAUGGAGACAGAGGACAAAAGAUGUGGAGCAGGAGAGAGAGAGAAUAAACCAAGUGAGAGACCACUACCUGUGGACCCUGUGUAGCAGGGUUUGGUGCGCCUGGAGAAAAGUGGUUGAAGAUAAGAAGACUCUAUUGUUAAAUACUAAAAAAGCUUGUCGCCACUACCACCUUCGAAAAAUGAGGUUGGCUCUCCAGUAUUGGAAACAGUGGGUGAGGGAAAAGAAAGAAAAGAAAGAAAAAAUGAAAAAAGCUGUCCUGCAUUAUAAAUUUAAGAGCCUAAAAAUUUCACUAAAAAAGUGGAAAACAUUUAUUGUUGAAUGCCGGAAGUUCAAAUCUGUGUCAGAUGUUAGAUAUCAGGCGCACGCCUCUCAACUUGUCAGGCAAACAUUUUUGGCAUGGAGAAAGACAGCUGUUCAUUUAGCUGCCAUUAGAAAAAAGAUCUUGGCAGCCAAUAUACAUUACAAUAGGAAGUUAAUGCAUCAGGUUAUUAUUUCAUGGCAUCGACAAGCAUCAAUCCAAGCCUAUAAAACAUCUCAGAAUCAACAACUCUUGAGGGAAACUCAGGAACACUUAGAUCACUUCAAACUUGGGCUUUACUUCAAGCACUGGAAAGAUGCCAAACAAAAGUCCAGUGAAUUGCAGCAAUGUAGUUUGAGAGCAGAGAGCCAUUAUGGCAGGAGUUUGCUGUGUAAGACACUGAAAGACUGGAAAAUGUACUGCAGGGGUUGCCUGAAGAAAAGACUGUUAUUACGUCAAUGCAUUUGGUUUCACAAUGUGCGUAUAACUGCCAAACAUUACUUGAUAUGGAAGACAAGACUAGAUGAACACAGGGAGGAGAUGGAGAAAUCUCAGCUAGCUAUGUGGCAGUGGAGCUUAGUUUUACAGAGGAAGGUAUUGUUGGCCUUAAAGGUGUAUGUACAGAAACGCAGGUACAAAAAGUCACGUUUGGCAGAAGCUGCAGUUUUAUGGCGCCAAAAUCUUUUACAUGAAGCUUGUGGUCAGUGGUUGUCAACAGCAGACAGUUUAUCUCACAGGCGGUCAGUGAUGGCAGAACAGCACCAGGCCAAGUCUGUGCUGGACAGCUUCCAGCUAGUUCACAGGUGUGCUCUCCACUGGAAGAUCUGGGCCAAGAGAAGAGGGGAGACUAACAAGGUUUCAAGGGACAUAACUCCCUCGCUGAUGUCUUCAGUUUUUAUGUCUAAAGACACUUCCAAAUUCCCAGUUGUUCACACAAUCUACUCAGGGCCAGCCACUCAUCCUGUUCCAGCCAUUAAGCCAGGUUUUUCACCUGUAAAGCCAGUAAAUGUACUCAGUAAGACUGGAAUAAUCUCCAAACAGCGACCAGCUCCCAAAAGGCCUGCUUUUUUGAUAGAAUCCCUUAAACGUGCUGGUCUGCAAUACCUUGAACUAGACUUUGAAGACAGUCAUUUGGACCUUGCUGUAGAAAAUGAUCAACAUAAAGCUGAUAAUGACACAUCACACAACUUUCUUAAAGACAAGUCUAAUGCAACAUGUGAAGAUGUGAGACUUGUUGAGGAACCAUCUUAUUCACUUUUGCCUGAGAGGGACGCUCCCAGAGAAACUUUACCAACAACCUCCUGUGAAAUAAGUGCCUUUAUACCCUAUUCAAAAACACAGAAUGUGUUUACACCAUUUGACUUCCAUGCAGAAAGAGAACCUAAAAAUAAAAUCAGAAACAGAGAAGUCAGUGAUGGGCAAAAAUUUGAUGUUUAUGGCACAGCUCCAGACUUAUUCUCAGGACUAACACUAACACAAACAUUUGACACUGUAGCUUCCAAUCUACAUGGAAAUAAAGAAGACAAAAUUUUACUUCUGAAACCUGAAGACUUCAUGAAAAAGCCUCUUCCUUUAGUUGAAUCAAAUAGUAGGACUAAUACUAGCUUACUGCUAGGACCACCAGACACCUCAUGUAGGUCUGUAAAACCUCUAGCAAAAGCUGAUCUUCCCAAUGUUGUGCUUCCAUUGUUUACCCACACAGAAAGAGAAUCUGACUCACCUUCAAGCAUAGGUUCAUCAAAGGAAAAUUUUAUCCCCAUACUACAAGAGGAAAGGUGUCAGUCAAACUCCCCAUCUCUAGAGCUACAUCAUGGGAUUUUGUCUGUCAAUGUCCCACAAAUCAACCCUCACAGAACCAAAAGCUCAGUGACUUUCAAGCUUGACAGAUCUUUAAAUCCUGAGGAAGAGAUCAUCAGCAUUAGAGACAGGCUUCAGCAUUUCAAGCAAUGGAAGCAGAGGUUGAGGUCUCUGAAGAAGCAGCACCAUCAACUCUCUGAUUGGCUAGCGGAGCAUGCAGACCCUGUACCACAAGAUGAGGAUAUUGAACUCGCAUCUAAGGAGUUAGAAAUGAUCAAGCAAGAGAUGAAAGAGCUGCAGGCUGUGUUAGACUCAGAGAAACCAGUCUGUGAGAGGCUUAUUCUGCGCGCUCAAAUCCUAGCUGAGCAAUUCAGUUUUUGUAGCAAAUAAUAAAACUAACUUUAGAGCUCCCUUAAUUUAGUUUAAUUAUGUUUUUGAUGUAACUGAUCAUUUAUUGUUGUUCUAGAAAUUAGAAUUGUAUAACAAACAACAAAAAAAUUGCUUUGCCACAGUGAAAUAAGUCUCUCAUUAGAAACAUAAGUAUAGUUACCAGGGAAUCAGCAUUUUAUCAAAUGGCAUUUUGUUGCUUGGCAUAUUUAAAUUUAAAUAUACUUAAUUAAAGAAGUGUACUUUAGCUGACUUUUUGUUUAGACUGUUUCAUUGUUUUUGUUGAUUUAAUUAAUACACUUUUAUUACCUGUAGAUUUUGUACAGCUAUGAAAAUGAUAACAUGUCAAUUAGAAUUUAAAUAAAAAGUAAAAAUAGUUCAACACUGGUGAAUUUAUCAAAUAAUUUUUAACUUUUUGUAUUACAUUAG